UCUGUUUGUCGUCAACUCACUUGACCUCUCUUCAAAGAUCUUCCGUGUAUUAUCAAAAAUGGCGGACGUCAAUGGCGUUUUUUUGUGGUAUCAAUGUUUUAAAAAGACAUUGUUUCUUAUUUUAGCUUUGUUGAUAAAUGUAAAUGAAGUGUCUAGUUUGAUUUGCUACUGUGCUGGUCAUUGCCCAUCUAAUCAGCCGAAUGGAUCUUGUCUUGCACGACCAAACAGUUCUUGCUUCAGUGCUGUUGAACAAGUUUACAAUCCAGAUACAGGACUGUUAGAAGAUGAACGUACAUAUGGUUGUCUGCCACCUGAAGAAAAUGGCUUUAUGCAGUGUAAAGGGCACUUAGUACCUCAUCAGAUUCCUAAAUCUAUUGCAUGCUGUAACAAAGGAGAUUGGUGUAAUAAAUUUUUGAAGCCAAAAAACAUUGUAAGAACAACCACUCCCAGCCCAAUGUACCAGGGAGAACUUUUAUCAUAUACUGGACCAUACAAUAUCAUUAGUUUUUUGGUUGCAGUUUCCAUAUGCAUUUUGAUUUUGAUAGCAGUUCUUGCUUUUAUGUGGCUGAGAUUAUCAAAUCAAAAAACUGCUCGAAGAGGUUAUUUAGAUGUGGAAAAGAAAUUUAUUGGGGGAGAAGCUGUGAAAGAUUUAAUUGAUAGAUCUGGUGAUACAUCUGGUAGUGGUUCUGGUGUGGCAAUGUUGGUGCAACGUACCAUAGGAAAACAACUUGAAAUGAUUGAAAGCAUAGGAAGGGGUCGUUUUGGGGAAGUGUGGAAAGCUCGGCUUCGUGAUGAAUUUGUUGCUGUGAAAGUUUUUUUUACCUCAGAAGAAGCGAGCUGGGCAAGAGAGACAGACAUUUAUAAAACAGUUCUUCUUAGGCAUGAGAAUAUAUUGGGUUUUAUUGGAUCUGACAUUAGGGGCAAUGGCUCUUGGACUCAGAUGCUACUUAUAACAGAUUACCUCGAAUUUGGUUCCUUACAUGAUUACUUAAAACUGUAUGUUUUAGACUUUGCUGCUAUGGUAAAACUAGCUCAUUCAGCUUCCUGUGGUCUAUCUCACUUGCAUGUGGAAGUUUUAGGAAAGCAAGGAAAGCCAGCCAUUGCUCAUAGAGAUAUAAAAAGUAGAAACAUUCUUGUAAAAAGAGAUAGAAGUUGUGCGAUAGCUGAUUUUGGUUUAGCAGUUAAAUAUAAGAGUGAUACAAAUGAAUUGGAUGUAGCUUCCAAUACAAGAGUAGGCACCAAAAGGUAUAUGUCUCCAGAAGUCCUAGAUGAAACAAUUGAUAUUUCACAAUUUGAAGCUUACAGAAUGGCCGAUAUGUAUUCCUUUGCUUUAGUUCUUUGGGAGAUUGCCAGGCGGUGCAAAGUGAAUGGUAUUGUUGAAGAAUAUCAACUUCCUUUUUAUGAUUGUGUACCAUCAAAUCCAAGUUUUGAGGAUAUGAAGAAAGUUGUGUGUGUAGAUCAAACUAGACCUGCCAUUCCCAAGCAUUGGAGCACUUGUGAAACUAUGCAAAUAAUGAGUAAAGUUAUACAAGAAAGCUGGAAGCAGAAUGCUGGUGCCAGACUGACAGCUCUUAGGGUUAAAAAGACUCUUUCAAGGCUUGAAAGCCAAUAUAGAGAUGAAAAAAUUGUAUGAUGAUCUGUACUUCCAUACUGACUCAAACAAACAAAAACAUGCUUACGUUUCAUGAGGAGAUCCAAAACUAUGGAUUUUAUGGACUUUCCUCUAUGAUAUCUUGGUGCCUUUACUUGUGAAAGAGACUUCAGAAUCUCAGUGUUUUCAGGUCAGUUCACAGUGAGAAAGUUGUACAGAAGUAGUCUCACUUGAGAUCAACUGCUCAAACGUCCUGGGUUUUUUCAGGUCUUCAAAGCAUUUAUAUAAAUUUCUAUUAAUAAUUUUUACUAUUACCCACCCAAUCAAAUUGGUAAUAAAUCUACGUAUAAACUUGGAUUUUAAACUGAGAACGACAAUGUAUCAUUUCUCUAUAUUGCUCUAAAAUUUUUGGAUGCAGACUGAGCAGCUAUUGCUACUCCAUUCAAUUGUGUUCACUUCACUCUUUUAUUUAAUUUUUUUUAAAUUCCUUUAAGUGGUAGAGAUAUUUGUUAACUCAAUUGUUUUAAGUAUUUGUUAUUUUCCUUUAAAUUUAGGGAAAACGUUGAUUAUGAAAAAAUGAGCUAUUUCCGUACAUAAAAUAUUAUAUGUGUGACCACUUAAAAGGUUGAUUUUUUUAAUCUGGUGGUGGCAUGCUUUUUUGUUAUAGAAAAGAAUAUUUUCUUUUAUAUAGAUGGUCUUGUGAUUGAACAAAAGAGAACAGUUUACUUUUUAAAUUGUUCUAAAUCUUUCAAGAAAGUUUUUUUUAAAGAAAAAAAAUCAUUUAUGCAUUUGCCAUGCUUUAGACAUGAUUUUAGAUUGAUUUGACUAGAAAUACAAUAUGCCUUUUGGUUUUCUAAUUUGUGAAGAAAAUCUAAUGAACUAUUUAAAAAAAAAGUCUGUCUCUUCGUAAUUGAAAGCAUGCCUCUCCCUCUGUAUUGUAAGAAUUAAAAUUUUUAUUGUCUGUAUUAUGUUUGUUUGGUCACAAGGUCAUCAUUUGCAAUGUAAAUCAAGAGAGAGUAUUUAAGUCUUUAUUAUAUAAUUGUAUUUUUAAUAAUAAAAUACAAUGUUUUUUUUUAGUUAUAUGUAUAAAUAUAUAUAUAUGUUUAAAUAAUUAUAGAUUAUGUAUAAGUUUAUUUCAGGUUUUCAGACUUGAUUCCUCCUUCCAUUUUUUGUUGCAAUUUUUCGGAUGAUGAGAGAAGAUUGUUGGGAAAAUUUUACUAUCUGUUAUCUACUUAACACUUUUUGAUUUCUCACUUUUGUUUUGAUUGUUAUAAUAUUUUGUUAUGUUAGAUUUAAAUGCCAAGAGUCAAUGAACACCUUGAUUAAUUUUCAUUUCUUUUGUAAUUAUUGCAUGAAAGUUGUAUUCAAAUUUUAUAGAUUUUAAUUUGGAUUUCUCCUCUUUUCAAAUUAUUGUUUUUUAAUAUUUAAAAAGAUUGUUUUUGCAGUUUUCUUUAAACUAAAAAUAAGUAUUGUAUGUUCAUGUUCAAAGUAAUGAACAAAUAUUAGAGUUUUAAUUAGAAUCAUACACUCCAUCUAACACUUUCAUCAUAACAUUGAGGAUGAAAAUAUAAAUCUGAAGAAGAAAUUUCAAUGAUUUAAAUUUUUUGUCUAGUAUUUGUGAGCUAUAAUUAAUUUUUUUAAUAUAAUUAUUUGAAAUAUUCAUAAAUUUAAGAACAAAUGUUAUGUUUUGCAUCAAAAUCUCAUUUUUCAAGUUUCAAAUUUUUUGAGAAAAGGUCGAACUUUAAAAUUCAUAUUGCUGUAUAAAUUGAUUGCACAUUUUAAGUCAUUAUAUUCAUCUGCACAGCCAUUGUGCUUGGAAAAUUAUAAGCUUAUUAAAUUAACUUUUAAUUACAGAAACUGCUGUUGAAAAAAAAGGGGAUGUAGUUGUGGAUGCUGGCCAGCAAAAUAAAUAUUGAUUGAAUUCUCUAUUCAACAAUAUUGUAAGUUAGAAUUGAUUUAAGUAUUUGUAUAAAUCACUAUUUGUCUACCAUAAGAGCAAAAUCAUUAUCAAUAAAAAUGAAAUGUGCAGAAAUAGAAUUAAAAACUUUGGACUGUAGAGAAAGCGGGCAAUAAGCAUUCUGGUUGAAUUGACAGGCUUUUUUCCAAAGUAUCGUCAAUGAAGGAUUGUCUAAAACUUUAUUUUAUCCUUUGCAGUUUAAAAAAGACAAUGCCAGUUCAAUUUGGAUGUUAAACAGAUUGGGUGUAGUUAUUAAUCAUAUUUUCUUGGUGUAUUCAGUGUUCUCACUCAUGAUUGUGUUCAUUUGUCAUCACUUAUUCAGGUAUAUUGUAGUGUUUUGGUCAUAUGAAAAUGUUAUGUGCCAAUCUUUAUCAUUUAAUGUUAUCAUCAUCUUUUUCUAACUGAAAAAGUAGCACCAUUCAUUUUCAUACUGUUUUUAAUCUAAUUUAUCAAUACUUCAACAUAUUUCUUUUUAAAAAAUAACUGAUCUUCUAUUGGCUUUCUAUUGCUAGCAGCUCCAAUUGAAUUCAUAUAUAUAAGAAAGAAAAGCAAUUAUUACUGAUAAAUAGAAAACUAUUAUUUUAAAGCAGCUAUUUCUUAAAUUCAAAUGGACUUUUUUUUAUAUUAAAAUGAUUUUUUUUUAACUUUUUUUCUUGCUAUCAUUGUAGAACUAUAUAUUUUUAAUUUAACUUCAUUUUAGAUUGCAACUAUUGUUUUAAGAGUCUAAUUGAUUAACAGAUAUUUUAAAUUUGUUUGACUGCUGAAUUUGAGUAUACAUGAGUAAGGUCAUUACAUGUAGGAAAAUCAAUAUUACAUUUGUUUUAAGCAUAUGAAAAUCUAUGAGAAAGAAAUUCUUUGGCACCAAAUUAUGUAUAAGCAUUUGUUAUUGGCUAUAGACAUUCAACACACAGUAAAAAUGAGCAAAAGACUAAAAUGUUAUUUCAUUAUCUUGAAUCUUUUUGUUACUUUAUUUUUUCAGUUAGAAUGAGUUAUAUAUGUUGUUUUUGAAUAACUUUUUUAAAUUCUCAUAGGACAAUGAAUAUGUAUGAUGCAAUGGAUGUUGUAUAUUUGAUUUGUUUAAUUUAUGUAUAUUUUUCUUGUAUUUAAGAAAUUAUGAUUCAAUAUAUUUAGCAAUAAUUUGUGCCAAACGGGUCAGCCAUUUCAUUGAUACUCAUGCUGGCAAUAUUUGUGUGUAUGUGUAUCAUUGUGUAGAUUAUAUCUAUAUAUAUAUUAUAGUUUAAGAAGUAUUUGUUCACUUUUAAUUAUCAUUGCAUUUAAGCAUGGAAUCGUUAAAAGUUAAAGUGGCAGCUGGGAUGCUAGUUAUAUGAAAUUGGACCUCCUUUCUUUAAGCAUCAAUCACAUUCAUUGCAACUGCCAAAUUUUUAUAGUAGACAUUAACUUCUCUAUCCUGAUAACUAUAAAACUGCAUAUAGUGAGCCCAUACUUUCCGAAUUGUCAAAAUAUUGAAAUAUUUGCACACAUAUUACCUCUAUUAGUACAGUACAAUUAUCAACUACAUACUUUUAAUUUUGACUCUCGAAUUCCAUGUUUAACCUUUUGCUUCUGUUGAAGUUGUCUUUAAAUUUAGUAUUGGAAGUUCUCUUCAUUAGGUAGUGACAUAUGUAUGUCUAAGCAUUAAAAAUUUUAAAGCUGAACAUUUUAUUUCAUAAAAAUAUUAAUUUGACUAAUUUUAUUCACUUAUUUAAUGAAAUGUUUUCUAUGAAAAAUUUUUUAACAAGACACAUUCUCCCUUUAUGAUUGUUAUGAAUUUUAUAAGGAACAGCAUUUAAAAAAACAAUUUUCUAAAUAAUAGUUUUCCUAUUUAAUGAGAAAAUCAUCUCCUUUUGGGUAGGGGAUCAUUCUGAAACAAGAUACUUUAUAUUUCAUUAUAGCAUUUCCAUUACUAGGCAAGUACAUUUUUGUUACAUUUUAAUUCCUCACAUAAAAAUGAUAGAAGAUUAAUUUGAAUUCAUUAAUAGAUGUAUUUUUAUGUUGCAGACUUUAAUUCUGACUGUUUAAGAACUAAGAAACUGUUUAAUAUUUGAAUUCUAUAAUCCUUGUUUUGACUUUUGCAAAAGAAAAACAGAAUUUGGAUGAGUUCUAAUAUAUGGUCUCCAAACAAAUACUGGAAAAAUGCUAUGAAAAAUUAUAAGAAUCAUUGUAUUAAUUUUUAAUUUAUUCACUCAUGAGUUUCAUGCUCAUUUCCAUUCCUCAUUGUAUUUAGAAAAAUUCUGCACUCAUAAGAAAAUUUCUACGUUGCAUUGGCAUAUUCUUCAGUUAGGCAACACUUAGUAUAUAUAACAUUUAGUUAAUGAUAAAACUGAUGUUAAUAUGCUGAAUUCAUAUGUAUAUGUUCCAUUGAUGAGUUGAGAACUUUUUUGCAAUCUUAUGUGCUGAGAAAAUAAGAAUAUUACAAAUUAUGUUAAUCAUUAUUCGUUUCCUUGGGCCUUAGGUUUUCUCUUAUGUAAUGCAGAAUUCCCAAACAUUUUUUAUCCUCCUUUGUACCUUGAUUUAUCGUUUUGUUUUUGAAUAUUUCCUGCUUUCGUAAUCCUUUGAUCUAAAGAAGUUUUUAUAGGACUCAAAAAGGACUUUAUUAAGGUUUCAUAUCUAUAUAAUAUCAAUUUUAAGAUUAAUAUUGAUUUUACAUUUUAUUCCUUUUUUGUAAUAGUAUUAGUUUCAUGCCUAACAUGUGCAUUAACUUAUGAUUCAAAUUGAUUAUUAUGAUGUUCAACUAAUCAAAUGGAAUACAAGACAAUCUUUCAAUUUAUUUCUUGGAGUUGAAAAUUAAAAAGAUGUUUUUUCACAUGUAUGUCAUAUUCUAUAUUCAUGAAACAUGUUGAAUAUUUGAUUGCUUUUUAAGGCUCGUCUUUUAUUGCGGGCUUUCAUUUUUUUUAUGAAUUUAGAAAAUAAGAUUCUAUAAUUUUUACUUUUUAAUCCCUUAUUAUUUUGUAAUUACCAACAUUAUCUAAAUAAGUUCGCAUAUCUCCGAAUAGUCCUUUGCAUACUCCCAUAUAUAUAUAUAUAUAUAUAUAUAGGAAUUGUUGAUAUGAUAUAUUCAUUCUUUUUGGACAUUGUUUUGGUACUUAUCGAUCUUAAAUAUUUGUGCUUUAUGCAUGACCUAAUUGAUACACUGGAAGAAUUACAGGAAAAGUAUAAGAUGACAUUAAAUUUGUUUUUCUGUGUAAAUUUCAUUGCAUUUUUUAGAAUAUUGUCACAUUUAUGGUAGUGCAAUUUUAGGAAAGCAGAGCACAUUAGACGAAAAUUAUAACUAUUAUUUUUUAUGUCUAGGAAUUCACAAUGUGUAGAAAAUUGAGGCAUCCUAAAAGAUUGUUAUAAAAUGUAUAACAAACUUUUAUUUAUAAGAAAUUCUUCUAAAUGGAUUUCCAUUUUUGUUCUUUUUAAAUGCUGUGAUUACUAUGGUAUUAUUUUUAAAUUCCAAGUAAGAAUUAGAAUGUUUUCUUCCAUACUAUGAGUUCAUCCCUGCUGCUCAUAAAUCCGAAUUAAUAUUCCAAAUUGCCCAAUCAAUGAUUGACAUUUAUUGCAUGUAAGACAUCACAUUUUUAAUAAAAUUUAAUAGAUCAUUAACUUAAAAGAAAAUAAUUUCUUUAUCACAAGUGAACAUUUUAACUAUAUUGGUGUUUGAAAGAUUUCGAAUGUAUAUCAUUGUUGUGGAUCAUAUCAAAAGUGUGUGAAAUUGCGUGUUUAAAUUUAAAAAGCUGUUGCACAAAAUGUUGCAUAUCCAUGCUAUAAAAUUAUAUCACAAAAUUCCAAUUUGUAUGCUUCAAUGCAAUAGUUGAAGGCGGCUCUUAUAGUGUUCCUGAUAUGAUUUAUUUAUAGUUGUUUUUUUUUAAUGUGCCAUAUAUUUAUGUAUUUAGAAAAACAUUUGUUUUAUUAUUUGUGUACAAAGUGCUUUGCUUUGCCACCAAUGCAAAGUAUUUAUUUCUUCUGCAUUGAAGUGGUUAUAUGUUUAUUUUUGCUGCCAAGUGGUUAUGAGAUGAUGUUUUUCCACCUUUUUAUAAAUUUUACUGAACUAUUUAUUUUUUUAAUGCAGAGCUAAAGGUUUAAAAAAUAAAGACACCUUUUAUGAAUCCUUUAAAUUAUAAAUUAUCCUUUUCUUUAUUUUUUUUAGUUAUAUUUUAUUAAAACACAUGGAAAAUUACUGUGAUAAAUAAUUUUGUGAGCAAUAUAAUUGCCAUUUUCUUGAAAUUAUUUAUCAGUUAUUGCAUAUAUAGAGUUCUUAUAAUCAUAGAUUAACUGUCCAUCAUACACUUAUAUGUUCAUUCAUAAUGAUAUUUUAAUUCUAACUAUUAAGUUAAACUUUUUAAAAAAAUCUUAGUGGAUUUAUUACAUACUGUAGUUUUAAUGCUGUAUAAUAGUAAUUAUUAUAUGUACAUGUGUUUGUUAUAAGUGAAUUCAAGCAUUAAAUGCUGGAGGGCAAUUUUAUUUUCAGUAAAAUUUUAUAGAAAUAUCAGGAAAGAAUAAAAGUUAUGCAGUUUUAUUUUGUUAUCUAUUUAAAAAAUUUAUAUUUUAUUAAAACUAUUUUUAAAAAAUUUGCUAUCAGCACAAGCAAUUUACUUAUAAUUCUUGUUAUGUUAAGGCUUUGCCUAAGAAAAUGCUCGAUUUCAUACACUCCAUAUGGAAUCAUCAAUUUCCUAUUUCUGUUAUAAAACAAAAUUUUAAUUAUUGCCAUUGAAAUGGCAUAUCAUAGUAUCAUAAUCACUUGGUCCAAAAAGCAAAUGUAAAAUAUGUGUAUUGGAAAGAAUGUAUUUUAUAGUUAAGGGCUUCCUUUGUAAAAAAUAAAGAAAACUGAUGGUUUUAAAUUCAUGUAUGUUAUUGACACUCUAUGAGCUGAUUGUACAGGAAAUUGAAAAUCACAGAUUUAUAUUUCUAUAUAUAAAUAGAAAAUACAAUUCUAAAUAA